AUGGAGAUCAGUAACCCCCGGCGCAUCCUCGCUGUCGGUGCUCCCGGCUCGGGUGUGCUCUCUUUGCUCAAAGAUCUCACAGGCUCCGCCCCAGAGCUCAUCACCGACACCACCGCUGGGCUCUCCCACGAAUGGAACCUCACGACCAAGUACUACACGGCCAAACUCCCCAUAUGGAUCGACGAGAUCCCCGACAUCGCCGAGUGGCGCACCGAGUUCACAAAACCUGAAGCCAAAGAGGUGGUCACUGCGAUUGGCGCUUGGAUCUUCUGCUUCAAGAAGCCAGUCACAGAAAAGGACGUGGAGGCGAUCAAAGACACGAUGGCGGCGAUUGCAAAAGUGGUCGAGGCGGCCUGCGGCUACAGCGACGACCAUGUGCGCCUCGCUGUUGCGAUGCCGCAGAGCAUCACACCCUAUCUGGAGAAGGGCGCUGAAGACUGGGACGAUGUGUGCAUGGAGCAUGGCUUUGAGUUUGUGGACAGCGAGGCCAAGGGCAAGAACCAGUAUGGCGAAGAGAUGGGUGUCAAGAGAGUCGAGGAUGCGCUCAAGGCGCAGGAAUGGGACGGCAUUGGCGCCGACGAUGACUUCGGGUUCGACGACGAUGCGUUUGGGGAGGGCCUCGAUGCGGAAGAGAGGGAGAUGGGCAUGGAGCUGUUUGGCUUGAAGAACGCGGUGCACGGCAUGGGCGAGGACGAGGAGGCGCAGGUGGAGGAGCUCGAAGGCCUGAUGCGCAAGAUGGUCGCAAUCAAGGGUAUAUACAAUUUGCACGCCAGUGCCCAUACUAGAAGCUAA